AUGACCGACGGACUUCUUCUUUUCCUCCUUUUGAUAUUGUCGUUCAGCUAUUCCGAGCAAAGGUGAGUUUCUGAUCGAAAGUGACAAUUUCAUUCGAAAUUCAUUGGGAAAAGCAUGUGAUUUUCGGUCACUUUCCAUUUUUGACCCUUAAGUUGUUUGGUUAUUUUAUGGAAAAUGUUCAGUGCAAAAUUUAGUUGAAUUGGAUUACAUGAUCUGCAGAUUUACUGUAACAGAAGGGCACCCCAACGCCGUUCAUUUAAGACCAUAUAUCUCAGCUGCCGAUGGUGAUAUCAAAAUGUAAUCAACUGAAAACAUGCUCAUUAAAACAUUGUGUACAUUUUAUCUGUUGACAAUUUUUCGAUAUCUCUACAGACAGCUGAGAUACAAUCUGUUUUUCGGAUCCGAGCGGUUGAUAGAAAAGAGCUUUUCUCAUUCAGAGGACCUCCCGGAAUCCCGGCGGCGCCCACCGAUCCGCCGCCGCCCCCUUCGAAUCCAGUGACUGUAGCGCCCGUUCGUCGGCAGCCGGCAGUCGUCCAGACGACGUGGGCGCCUCCGAUUCAGCAGACGACGCCGUGGCGACAACAACAACAGCAACCACAGCAGAACGAGUGGACGCAGAAUUGGCAGCAGGGAGGACCUCCGCCACCGCCCCCGCCGCCCGGAGAUUUUGACGACUGGGAACGGGAACGAUGGCGGCGACCGCCUUGGAUGAGACACCAUCACCAUCAUCCAUGGGGACCUCCUCCGCCAUGGGGACCUCCGCCGGGACCGCCUCCACCGGGUCCUCCGCCGCCGCCGCCGCCUUUCGGAUGGAAGCAUUGA